CGCUGACGGCGGCGGCUCCAGCCGCGCUGCCUUUUCACCCUGCCUCCCUCCUGGCCUUCCCUUCCCGGGCCGGGCCGCCCAGCCCUACAGGUGAGCCGCAUCCAGGUAUGGCGCUGACCGUGGAUGUGGUGGGGCCGGCGCCCUGGGGCUUCCGCAUCACGGGGGGCCGGGAUUUCCAUGCGCCCAUCAUGGUGACCAAGGUAACUGAGCGAGGCAAGGCCCAGGCUGCUGACCUGCGGCCUGGAGACAUCAUUGUGGCCAUCAACGGGGAGAGGGCAGAAGGCAUGCUGCACGCAGAGGCCCAGAGCAAGAUCCGGCAGAGCCCCUCACCCCUGCGGCUGCAGCUCGAGCGGUCUCAGGCUGCCUCAGCCGGGCAGGCCAAUGGGGACGUGGAAGUGCUGGCAUCUCGCUUCCAGGGCUCCGUGAGGACACAGAGCGGCAGCCAGUCCUCACUGAGGUCCGCCUGCUCCAGCCCCGCCUCCCUCAGCCCCCGGGCAGGCAGCCCCUUCUCCACGCCGCCCCCCACCAGCUCACACACCCUCGCCCAAGAGGGUAUGGUCAGCCGCAGUUUCCAGAGUCUGGCACACGCUACACACCUCACUGCUGCUGACCGCGUGUCCUACGGGGGCUACCCUGGGAGCCGACAGGCCGGCCAGGGCCGCGCUGGCGACUCCGCGGUGCUGGUGCUGCCUGCUUCACCGGGGCCCCGUUCCUCCAGCCCCAGGCUCAGUGUAGACCUCCUGGAGGAGGACUCUGAAGUCUUCAAGAUGCUGCAAGAGAACCGGGAGUCACGCCUGGCGCCCCGGCAGUCCAGCUCCUUCCGGCUCCUGCAGGAAGCCCUGGAGGCCGAGGAGAGAGGCGGCACACCUGCCUUCCUGCCCAGCUCGCUGAGCCCCCAGUCCUCCCUGCCCACCGCCAGGGCCCUGGCCACUCCACCCAAGCUCCACACGUGCGAGAAGUGCGGCACCAGCAUCGCGAACCAGGCUGUGCGCAUCCAGGAGGGGAGGUACCGCCACGCCGGCUGCUACACCUGCACGGACUGCGGCUUGAACUUGAAGAUGCGAGGGCACUUCUGGGUGGGCGACGAGCUGUUCUGUGAGAAGCACGCCCGCCAGCGCUACUCCACAGCCCCGGCCCUCGGCUCCCGGGCCUGAGCCCACAGAAGGGGGCCACGGCAGGUGGCGGCUUCUCCAGGGAACUAAGCAUGGGCCUGACUGGGUGAAGUCCAGGGGCUGGGACCUGUCGCAGGUGCCGAGGCCAGCCUCACCUUCCUGGCAUCUUUGCCCCUGCAGGGCAGGCCCUGUUCCCUAGGCUGAGGUGGCUGCUGCCUUUGACAUCUUGGCGAAUGGGGGGUGGGAUGCUGGGAGGCAUCUCCGAGGAGAGCGAAGUGCCCCGAGGCUAGCAGUUCUUUGUUCUUCCCUGUGUAACGCUGGUCAUAUGCACUCCACAAACAUGCACACAUGCACAAAAGAGA